CCCGAAUCGAGAACAGCAAUAUUACCCUCGUCCAUUUUUCUUUGCUUCGUUCAAUUCUGUUCCAACUGUUUCCUGGAUACCUGUCUUUACUAUAAUAUAUCUAUUCCUUCACGAAACCCGCUGGACGAAUUGAGCCGCGCAAGACUGUACUGUACGUCACUGACACCGUCGUUGUCCUCUUCUCGAACCCUCACCAGCCUACACCCACGGCUCCGAGGCUGGGUCCACAGGCAUGGCGAGCAGAUAGCGCCAUGAGCAACAACUACAACCACCUCCGGACGCGCUCCUCGCGCAACCACUUUAUAGAGCCUCCGUCAAUGGUGUCGCGUAUCGUCAAUGUGCUUCCGACUCAUCUCGCUCUCCUGGCACUUAGGACCCUGGACAAACCUCGCAAAGCUAUAGCACAGCUUCCCACCACACUCCGGAAUGCACGGCGGGCCGCGCGGCGGCUGACACUGCGCAGCUUCGUGAAUGUGCCGAAUGGGUUUAUUGUUGUCUGGUUUCUGUUGUUGCUGUGGGGGGAGCGGUGGGCGUUCCAUAGUGCGAUUAAACAGUGCAGAUGGGAGAACUGGGAGAGAUGGCCUCAAGCUGCGACGCCUCACCACCUUGUUUUCCUCGCGGAUCCGCAACUUGUCGACCCGCACACAUAUACAGGGCGGCCGUGGCCGCUGUCGACGUUUACGGAGCUCCAUGCGGAUAACUACCUGAGACGCUCAUAUACGAACCUGCAGCUUAAAUUGCAGCCAGACACUAUAUUCUUCCUCGGCGACCUCUUCGAUGGGGGCAGGGAAUGGGCGACGAUGCGGGGAGAUACGGAGGACCCAGAGUGGCAGACAAAACAGCGUGCAAAGGACGAAGCAGCGCUGGUAGGAUACUGGAAGAAGAACUACGGCGAGUACUUUUGGAUGCAGGAAUACGAGCGCUUUGGAAAGAUCUUCUUCAGCCUAUUUAACCUGGGGAACCCAACCUCGCAGGCGAGCCCCGGACAGCGGGGCCGCAAGAUCAUCGCGAGUCUGCCGGGGAACCAUGAUCUGGGCUUCGGGGCGAAGAUCAAGAUGCCAGUGCGAGAUCGAUUCGAGGCGUUUUUCGGGGAGGCGAACCGUGUGGAUAUUAUAGCCAACCACACCUUCGUCAGCAUAGACAGUGUGAGCCUGAGCGCGGGGGCUGAUAAGAGCGAGGUCGACAACCGGGACGUUUACGCACCGGUAGAGGAGUUCCUGGCUGGCGUGCAGGCACGCAAGCGCCGUGCCACAGCGCGGGAACUCCGAUACAUACGAGGCGAACCGGAGGAGCUUAGGCACCCGAGGACGAUUCACGAUACGGAUGGCCUAGUGCUGAAGGAGAGCGAUUUCCUGCCCCUUGACCCAGGGGAGGGGAACAGCAACGACUUCCCCACAAUCCUCCUCACCCACGUCCCGCUAUACCGCGAGCCCGGCACACCCUGCGGCCCGCAGCGCGAACACUGGCCCCCUGCCACGCCGCCCAAGGGGCAGCUCGGCCCCGUCAUCCCCGACCACCGCAACGCGAUCUCCGUAUCGCGCGGCUACCAGUAUCAGAACGUGCUAUCGCAGACCGACUCUGCGCGUCUGCUGAAGACGAUUGGAAACGUGCAGCACGUCUUCAGUGGCGAUGACCACGACUACUGCGAGUUGGUGCAUGACGAGGUGAAUUCGGGCGUUGGGAUUAUUGGCCGCGUGAGGGAAAUCACGGUCAAGAGUGCAUCGUGGUGUAUGGGCGUCCGCCAACCUGGGUUCCUUAUGGCUAGUCUCUGGAACCCUAUUGGCCCUGACGGACGCCCCUUGGGGACAAAAGGAGGCGGUCAUGGCGCAGUGAACGAUGUUGCUGCACCGACGAUCGAGACUCACCUCUGUCUUCUCCCGAACCAGAUCUCGAUCUUCAUCCGCUACAUUUUCCUAUUCAUCAUCACCAUCUCUGCCCUCCUCGCGCGCGCCGUCCUGACACAGACUAUGGGCCUUCCGCCAACCUUGCCACCAUCAGUAUUUUCCUUCUCCGCGCCGUCGAAAGGGGACAGUCCGCUACUCCCGACCUCGAAGCGCGAGGCUGAGGUACACAGGUCAUCAGACUCCUUGACGAGCAGCACCUCGAGCACACUCAGCGGCCAUCUUGCGCCGCGGAGUGCAGCGGCGAGAACGCGUAGUGUGAGUCCAGCCGUGGGCUACGGGUUGCCGGCGGUGCAGGCGCAGGGCCGGUAUGCGCCGCCUGCCUGGGAAGAGGAUGGGGAUGAGAAGGAGAAGGGGAAGGCGGGUAGGGAGUUUGGGAGUGAGAGGGCGGUGAAGGAGGGGACGCCGCUGGGGAGGAUAGGGAGGGAGUUUGCGGAGAGCGUAUGGAGGGUGCUGUGGGUAGCGGGGUCGUUGUUUGUGUGGUUAACUUGGAGCGGGUAG